AUGUCUUCUAGCACCAAAGGGGCCGUCCUGAUUACCGGCUGCAGCGAUGAUGGUGCUGGCUCGGCCUUGGCCGCAGAGUUUGACGCUCAUGGCUACAGAGUGUUCGCAACGUCGCGCAGCUUGAAGACCAUGUCCAAGGUCGAGAACCUCCCCAACAUCAAGACCCUUGAGCUGGACAUCACCAAGACGGCGCAAAUUCGGGCCGCAGCGGAGACUGUUGCGUCAGAGACGGGUGGAGAGCUUGCUUACCUUGUCAAUUGUGCAGCCCGCAACUACUUCAUGCCGUUGCUGGAUCAAGAUAUCGAAGAUUGCAAGGCCGUCUUCGAGACUAACGUCUGGGGUCAGCUUGCGGUGACACAAGCUUUUGCGCCACUGCUUAUGAAGGCAAAGGGCACCGUGGUGUUCAUCACCUCGGUGUCUGGAUAUCUAAAUGUUCCCUAUCAAGGACUAUACGCCGCUUCAAAACGGUCUGAGCAGAUCAUGGCGGAGACAUUACGUCUCGAGCUUGCUCCGUUCCACGUCAAGGUCCUUUCCGUAGUAACCGGAGCGCUCAAGACCAUGGGACAGACGCACUUCGAAGACUGGAAAUUGCCAGCAGGCUCUCUGUACUCGCCCAUCGAGCCCACUAUCAAGGACAGGGCGCGCGGCCAAGAAGGAGCGCCUAGAAUGGAACCCUGCGAUUACGCCAAGGGAGUUGUUAACGACAUUAUUAGAGGCAGAACAGGGACGAUCUGGCACGGAGCCAGUGUCGGCGCCGUCAGGUUUGGCACCUCAUGGCUCCCGACAUGGAUGAUGGACAGUGGCGUUCAGAUGAAGACAGGGCUGGACGUGUUAGCACAGCAAAACAAGUAG